AUGAGCAGUGUAGAUUCCUCCAAAUCUAUUCCAAAAAAGGGAUCGUCAAUAAUGAAAUCAGUAACAAGUGGUUCUAGUUGGAUAUCACCAUUUAGAUCAACUGGUGAAAAUGAAAAACAAAAGAAAGUUAAUUUACAUCAAAAACUUAGAGAUGAAAAUAAAAUUGAUCAAAUUAAAGUCCCGGCAAAAUUCGCAACCCAUCCUACUUUAGAAGCUGAAGAAGCGAGAAAGAAGAGAGAAGCUCAAGAAGCUGAAGAAGCAAAGAAGAGACAAGCAGAGGAAGAAGAAGCAAAGAAAAAGAGAGAAGAGGAAGGAGAAGGAGAAGGGGAAGGAGAAGGACAAGCCAAGGAUGAAGAAGCUGAAGCAACCGAAAGAGAAGGCUCGACGAAGGAUAUUACCGAAGAAGCUGGAGAAGCUGAACCCACUUCCGUUGGAGAAGCUACUGCCGAGACAGAAGUUGCCGAAGAACAAGACAACCUUCCAUCAAAGACCGAGCAACCAGCAGAACCAGCAAUCGCAGAAACAAACUUUAGUGACAGACUUGAAUCCAGAGAAACAAUGCUUCCACCGGAUCAACAACCAGCAAACACUAAUGUGAGCGAUGUAACAGAAGCCGAAGCCGAACAAGAACCUGCGUUAGCUGCUCAACCAGUCACUGCUUCUUCUUCCGUUUAUGCUGACGAACAACCUGCGGCGGACGAUGUUCCAAAGGAGAAAGUCCCAGAGGAGGAAACUCCUAAGGAGGAAGCACCACCAGUUGACCAAUCUACUGAACUCAAGAAUGCCACUGAUGAUAAUGUAGAACAACUAGUUAAAGAAACACCAAUUGAACUCGCUGCCCAACCAGGAACGAAAUAUGAACCAGUUGAAUUAGCAAAUCAAGAAACUUUAGAUAAAUUGAAAGAUAAGCCAGCUUUAUUGAAACGUUAUGAAGAAUUAAAUGUAGCUGCUAUUGGAUCAGUUGCUAGAAAGGUGGAUGAUCCUAAUAAAGUUAUUGAUUUAGGUUCUGGGUUAAAAAUGACCCAACAACAAUUAUUAGAUAUUGCUGCAAAAAGAGUUGCUCCAGUUUUGGCCAAUAUUAAUCAAGAAGUUAGUAAGACUAGAGAAGAAGAUGAAAUUAAACGACAACAAGAGAUUUCUAAUAAGGUUCAAAAACAUGAAUUUAAAUUAACGGGAGAAUUUGAAAAACAUUUGAAAAAGAUUGGUAAAAAGAAGGAAAAAUUUGAUCGAGAAAUUGAAGAAAAGAUUAAUAAUAUAAUUUUAUCAAUGAAGAAUUCUACAUUGGCCGCUGAAGAAUUUGAAACACAAACUAAAGAAGAAAUCGAAACUGCUAAUAAUGAAUAUGAAGAACGGGAAACUAAAGCCAAAGAACAACAUGAAACUGAUAAAGAAACCCUUAUUAAGAAUCAUGAAGAAUUGGUAGCUACAAAGGAACAAGAAUUACAAGAUUGUAAAACCAAUCAAGAAACAACCACUCAAGAAAUUGAACAAUUACAAGAAAAGAAAUCGGAAUUGGAUAAUAAGAAUUCUGAAUCUUCUAAUCAAAUUGAAGAAUUAACGGCAAGAUUGAAUGAAGAAACGGCAAAAUUGGAUGAAUUGAAGGCUAAAUACAAUGUUCAUGAUGAAGCUAUUAAUUCCAACUUAUCCAAAAAGAAAGAAUUAGAAGACGAAGUUGUUCAAGUUAAACAAAACCUUUCUGAAAAGAAAGAGAGACAUGUUGCAUUACUGGCAGCAGUGGGAGCCUUGGCAGGAACCGUGGCUGCAUAUACUGCUAAAUUAACCACCUUAAAUACCGACAAAGAAGCAAGAGGUAAAAAACUCAAGGAUGCACAAGAGAAGUAUCAUUCUUGGCAAGCUGAAAGACGUGAUAUGGCAGAAGAAGUUGCUCGUGAACAUGAACGGAGGAGAUUAGAAACUGCUCAAGAAUAUGAAACUAGAAAACAUGAAGAAGAACUCCAAAGACAACACGAAAAGGAAGAACGUGAACGUCAAGAAAAAGAACAAGCUGAAGAAUUGGCGCGUGAAGCCGAGAAGCAUCGCGAAGAAAUUGCCAGAUUGGAAAAGGAACAAGCUGAAUGGGAAGCCAAGGAGAAAUUAUUGGAACAGCAGCAAGCUCGUGAAGAAGAAGAAAUGAAAUCAAAAGAUCCGGAAUUUCAACUUGGUCAAGCUAUUCAGAGAAGAGAAGUUGAACAAAAGAAAUUGGAAGAAGAACGAGCAGAACAAGAUCGGAUUUAUCAAGAACGAGUUGCGAAAGAUAAAUUAGAACAACGUCAACUAGAAGAAGAAAUCGCCGCCUUACAAGCCGAACGUGCCAAAGCUGCCGAAAUGGAACGAGAUGAAGCUGAACAAAUUGCCAAUAUCAAAUUAUCUCAAAUUGAAAAAUUAAAACAAGAACACGAAGCAAAAUUGACUCUUUAUCGUCAGCGAUUAGAAUUUGAAAACUUACAAAAACAAAGAUUAUCAGAAGAAGUUGAAAAUUUGAAAAAAAUCAGAGCAUUGCGAGAAGAAAAAGCAAGAUUGGCAAGUCAAACUUAUCGAGACCCCAAAGUUGAAGAAAUUAAGAAAUUGAUUCAAGAACGUGAAUUGGAGGUUGAAAGAUUGACGAAAAAAAUUGAAUUGGAUCAACCUGGUUUAGGUGGAUCCAGUUCUUUUUUAGGGACCAGCAAUGAAAUUUCUAGUUCUUCUGGAAAUAGAGCCAUUCCCCAAUCUAAAGAGAUUGAACAACCAGCAUCAGAUAAAAAAGAAAAAAGCAGUGGUCAUAAAAGAGCAAUUGCUGCUGGUUUAGUUGGAGGAACCCUUGCUGCGGCUGCGGGUGGAAUCGGUGCUGCUUUGGGUAGUGCAGGAAAGUAUGGAAGUAAAGUUGUUUCAAGUGGAGCUGACAAGAUUCCAAGUAGCAAUGCUGGAACAGUUUCUAAGGUAUCAAAGGAUGUUGUUCCAAAGGAAGGAGGAGAAUAUAAGAGCAGUAGUGGUAAUUCCGGAACGACUGUUAAAGUUUCAAAGAACAUUCUUCCAAAGGGAGAAGUAGGAGGAGGAGAUAAGAGUAGUAUUCCUCGUGUAUUAAGUGAUGACGAAUCGUAUGAAGUUGUAUCGGUUUAUGAACUUGUAUCUGAUGGAGAAUUUCAAUCUCAUGAACAAGAUCCAAAUUAUUUUGAAGUUACAAGUGCUGAAUUUGAAAAGCAUAAAGCGUUAGAGAAGGAGAAGACCCUUUUAGGAAAGAUCCCAGUUUAA